GCGCUCUUUGGGGAGAAACAAAAGGAAGAGGAAAUCAAAAAAAUUAAAGACGAAAUGUCUCAACUUGCAGAAGAUACCGCUGCAAGAAUCAGAAAGGCAGUAGACUCUGCAAAGAAGCAAUAUAAUGUGCAGAUUUCUCGACUAACAGAAGAACUCUCAGCUCUUCAGAUGGAAUGUGGAGAAAAACAAGGUCAAGUUGAACGAGCCAUCAGAGAAAAGAGAGCAGUGGAAGAAGAACUUGAAAAGGUUUACAGGGAAGACAGAGGACAUGAAUCUGACAGUAGAAAACUAGAGCAGCUGCAUCAGAAAUACUUACUUGCAGAAGCUACAAAAGGUGACCUUCAGCUGAGUCUACAGACAACACAAAAUAAACUGAAACAACUGGAAAUGAACUCUGAGGAAGAGAAAUCUCGUUGCCAGGAAGUUAUCAGUAAAUUGCAAAGCAUUCUGGAUUCAGAAAGGGAAAAAAGUGCCUUUGUCAGUGAACAAAGGCUAAAACUUCAGCAAGAGAAUGAACAACUGCAAAAAGAAAUGGAGGGUUUGAGAAAACUGGCCAUAGAGGCUCGACAAAAAGCUAAAAUAAAGAUAAGCACAAUGGAGCAUGAGCAUGCUGUGAAAGAGCACGGCUACGAAGCUCGACUUAAGGAAAUGGAAGACACCAGUCAAAAGUCUACUGCUGAACUUAGACGGCUGUUAGUGGCUCAGCAAAAAGCAACAAAUCGGUGGAAAGAAGAAACAAAAAAUCUUACUGAAACUACAGAAAACAGAAUCAGUAAGCUAAAAGGAGAGCUGAGUCAACAAAAACUUCGUAGCCAGGAACUCAUUUCUCAGCUGGAAAUGGCAAAUGAAAAGGCAACUGAGGAUGAAAAAUUAAUGAUGGAAUAUCGAGAACACAUCAAUAGGCUUCAAAGGCGACUGAGCCAGGCAGAACAGAGGGCAGCUACAGCGUCUCAAAAGCUCAGCCUGAUAACUACACAGAAGAAAAAAGCCGCUUCCCUGAAGGAUCUGGAAAAUAUUUAAACAUACGUUUUGGUCAUUGACGCCGUGUUGGAGUUAAGAAGAUUGCUGGGGAGACUUCAUAUUGGAGCAUUAAAGUCAAAUGCAUAGCAAGGCUCGUAAAACUUAGAUAAAACAUUUUCUGGUUUAUUCAGGUAAGAAAGGGGGUGGAUGAAGAUACUGUACCUGUAUGUGUAGUAAAGACUGGAAGAAGACUGCAAAAUGAUGUCAUUAAAGUCCUUUAAUGUAGCAGAUGAGACAAUCUGAUACAGUGCUGUGGCAUAUUGGUCUUUUUGGUCUAAAAUACACCAGUUCCAACUAUGCAAGACUGUGUACAGGGAACAGGUAACUUUAUACGGAAAUUCAUGAACAGCUUUGCUCGCAUACACUCGAUACCUUUAAUUUUUCUUUGUAGUGCAGUAACUUGGGAACAUUUUGAAGAUCUUUUAUGAAUUGUAGUAAGAUACUAAUUACCUCAUGAAUGUCAAAUAGUUGCUGUUUUUAUGGUAGGCGUUGUAGCUGCAAAAUGCCAUUACCUUUUAAGAAUUUGGUUCAGCUUGUUCUGAUGCCCCUGGGGAAGAGGUAAUAAAUAAAAUGCUGCUAUGGCUAUUCACACAGCUCGUUUCCAAGGACUGUAAUCGUUCUUCAGUUGUGCUGCUUCUUCCCAAUUGCUAUUUUACAGUUGUUCCUUGCUUUUCUGUUAAUCUGCUCUCUUGGUUGAUAUGUGUCUGGGAACUUCAGUUCUCUGUUACUUCAGCUUGCUUGAAGCUGGUGAAGUCAUCCAGCUUUUACGUGUUUUGAAAGCAUGUGUUUGAAUUCUGCAGGUGCCAGGAUGUGGGAAUCCUCUUGUGCACAUUUUUCUUUCAUAGUUGAAAAACUUGAUAUAUGUAAUUCCAAAAUUAGAGCUGAUCUCAUUUUCAGCGUAUGUUAUAAACACUUGAUAGGUGCUAACUAAUUUUAAAGUGCUCCCAUCUUGGACUUAAGUGACGUACUUCCUUGUCCUUCCUCUUAAAUGUGAAGAGUAUAACUCUGGUUUAUAACUUUUAAUGUGGUUGUAUGGAUAAUGCUUACCCAGUGCCUGAUGAAAACUGUUGGUUUGGACUAACAAACCCACACAUCUGUCACAGUGGAUCUGCACCAUUAUUUGCAUUUUAGUGGACAGACCUGGGUUGAUCACCACAUGGAAGGAAGGGUUCCUACCACUUCCUGAAAACCUGGCUCUUCAAGUACAGCCUGCAAGAUGGAUGCAACCUCAAGAAAAUUCUCUGCUUACCACAGGGGAAGUUACUGUUUCCUACAGUCAUACACACUUCUUUACUAGUGCUGUCUCAGUUCAAUUACGCCUGUAUCCAUUGCAAUCUCUUUAAUUUUGCUAAAAAACUUCAAAGAUUUUUUUCAAAGCAACGUGGAUACAUUGUCCAGAAGCUCCAAAUGUCUGUUGUGGUGAGUUUCAUCAGUCAACUCUGUAUAGGAUACAGAGGGAGGCCAGUACCAAGCACCUUAUUUUCAUUUGCAUAAGGCACAUCUGAGAUGAUGACAGGCCACCUGGAAGAUUCUUUGUGAGCUAUUAAUCCGAUUCACUCCUUAAAGAGAGGCUCUAGCUGUGAAGUGAAAGCUGGUUGAAAAAUGGCAGGUAAUUGCGAGUUCUUGAGCAACAGUAUUUGUGUAUUUGUUCCUUGAGGCACCAAAGGGCACCUGCUUGCUCUUGCGUAAUGGUCAUUUGCCAGAAUAUGAAUUGCAAUGACGACACAAGCACCUAAGAGUAAAGUUAAGGGGCAGCAGAGGAAUUAUGGCUGAGGACACAGGAAAAGAGAAAGAUUUCCUGCUUUCAUCUGUCCGCCUGAUCCUCUGAGCAGCUAAAAAUUGACCCAAUACAUCUGUCAGAACUACAAAAGGGAACGCAGUCAAGUUAAGUUUGUUGUCUGAACACCACCACCUCCUUUCAUUUCCGUUUGGCUUCUAGCAGAGGCUGCUGGCAUGCUGCUCACAAAUUGGACUUUCAGAGGAAAGGCACUUGCUGAGGCAAUUAAAAUUUGAGGCUUGCUGGUUAGAGAAGUGUUGCUCUUUCCCCCUAGGUUGUUUCAUGGAAGUGAGCAGCAGGCUUUUCAACCAUCUGUCUUGGUUGUUUUACGUUUGUUUCCAUCUAUGUAUUUCUCAUCACUCUUCCAUAGAGGAGUGGGUUUUUUUGUUUCCCCUACCUUCCUUUCCCACCCCAACACCAGGGUCUAAGUGUUUUAAAGAUUCCCUAGUGCGAUAUUAAUAUUUCCCAUUGAGUGAAACUUUGUUCUUGACUACGUUUAUUUAGGAGAGGUUUCUAGGUGAAUAGUUACUUCCAUUCAGCAGGUGAGAGAAACUGACUGUGAAGGUAGUAAGCUUCAUUUUGGGUCUUCCCAAGAGCCCUAUACCUUCGGGUGCAGGCUGGAUCUUGAAAGAUCCAUCACUGCAUAUAUGGAACUUUCUCAGUCCACUGAAGUGUUUGGCGAGCUGCCCUCAGCUCUGACCCAGCCUCAUCCAGCUAACCCCAGCAGUGCAAUGCCUUUCAGAAAGACUGCUGUCAGCAAGGUCGAUAAAGCAUAUUCAAGAACCUCUUUCAAACUCUAAUUAAUGCCUUGAAGAGCUUGUACUAGUGACUUUUAGGAGGGGUCCUGCUCACAGUUGCCCACAGUGUGAGCGCAUGGGAUACAACUACAGAGCUGAGAAAAAUUAUAGCUCUUUUUCAAGAUGUAGUGCUAGACCUACGUCUUCACAAUCUUGUCCUCUUCCUGCUCAGCUCCAAGUCCAUUCCAUGUUUCCACAUCUUGAGUUUAGAGGAAGCAAGAGGAAAGGAGCAACUGUGCCCUCCAUGCCUUGUCUCCUCUGGAUCCUGCGAUAGCAGCAGAUGUUCUCUGUCAGCAUUGCUCGACUAUGGGCAGUUCGUAGUGUGUACAUACAUUCAGCGUACUUAGCUUAGAGACCUACAGGGAAGAAACACCAUGUUCCUCUUGGGGUGGAACAUGUAUGAAGAUAUGGACCUUGGAAGAACAUCAUGUAUCAACAAAUGUAAACUAGUUGAGGUAAGCAACAUCCCUCUGAGAUCUCAAGGAAAAAAAGAUACCGUUGAUGGGAUAGGCACAGCUGGCACUAACAAGACCCUAUGCUAUUCCUCAAAAAAAAAGAAAGAUCUUCCUCUUGCAACCGCCGUGUGCACUUUGAUACCUGUAAUAAUCCAAAUUAAAUGCUGCUUUUAACCAUGAAAGUUGUUCAGAUCAUUGCAGUGAAGUGUUUAUGUAAAAACCCAAACAAAAUAACAACUGCUGCAGAUUCUGAAACGCUGCUGGCAAGGAUACUGCAAAAAUGUACAGCAUUUAUUCACAUACAGACAAAAAGGCACAAUUCUACUGAAUAGUUUAACAAAAAAUACAGCUGUCUUCAACUAGGUCUUUAUAAAUACUUCAAAAAAGGGAGAAAAUAAAUACAGGAUUGGGCCAUGUAAUAUAAAAUAGUCAUCUCUACAUAUACUUUUUAUUUCUAUCUCUUUCUCUUCAUGCACCUUUUUUAAUUAAUUUCAGCUGAAUGGACACCAAAGCUAGGCACAUAGUGAAAAAUCUUCUGUACAAGGUUUUACAAACAUAAUGACAAUUUUCUCAAAUUUCUGAAAUUAAGAUUUAUACACAACACGUAUAACCCUUCAUUUAGAUUUGUGUGAGUUUAUAACCUAACGAAUGGCAUUCCAGGCAACUUUACAGAAGUUCAACUAGCCUACUGUUUGACAGCAUACACCAAUCAUAAUCAAAGUUCUCUUGGUCAGUCUGCACAAGGAAAGGUAAUGCUUAAAAACAGAAAUUCGGCAAAUGGUUCUAUCCCAAUAAAAUACAGGGGUGGGUUUGUAUUGUCACUGCUGUACUUACGACACCUCUUCUGCUGAGCGCUAAGCACGGGAGACAAAACUAACCUACAGAGCCGGUCAUACUGCAGUCUUCUUACAGCUUUUUUGGUUUUGGUUCAGCUUAACUUGAAACAUUAGAAAGCUUAUUAACCUAAAUGCAGGGGAGCAAAACAGGUAAGGCAUUAAUUCUGCACAACGUUAGCAUUCAUAAUAAUAGUGCAAAUUAACAAGGUACCUCUUCCAAAGUGGUGUGAGGUUAAAUGUUUACUUAGAAUCAAAAUUUAGAUUACUCCAGCUAUGGCUUGACAAACAAUUCCCUAUAUGGGCAUGAGCUUCUUUCCUACAGAAAAUAACAGUGCCUGUCUGGAAAACAUUGCUGUAUGUCAAGUAGAACCUAACUGCAUUCACCUUUUGUCUGUCUGCUGUUGUUUGAUCGACUAACGACUGUUCUUUUAACACAUCCCAAGAGUGACUACAUCAUUUCAGAUUCACCUGUUUGACUCUCACCUCUGUAAGUAAGUCAUGAAGUUAAGCUAACGCCUUGGGACCACCAAUGGUAUCUUAAAAGUACACUGUCUUACACAGAAUUCCCCUUCCUCCACAUCAAGUGGUUAUCAAAAGG